UGGAUGCCUGUGGCGACAUGCUAUGGCGGGUCCACUGCGGAAAAAGCGGAAGGCAGCCACUGAAGGGUUCUCAACUGCAAGGCUCCCUGACCAGCUCUCAGAUGAUGAGAUCUCCGACGUCUCCGACACGCCGCGGAAGGCGCCUGCGCCGGCGCCGCCUUCCGCGGCUGAGCCGCCCAUGGCGGUGCCCUCGGUGCAGGGCUUUGCACGGUGGAACCUGGAGCGAUGCCCUGAGGUGUUGGAGGCGAUCAGGGAGAAUGGCAGAAAAUGGGCACGUCCCCUGCGAGUCUUCUCCAUGUACACCGGCUGGGGCACAGCGGAGAUGGUAACCCAUGCCGUGGGCCGAGAGCUACAGCGCCUGGGGAUUGACAUGGAGUUUGAAGUGGCAUGGAUCUGCGAAUCCAACCGGGAGAAGUGCAAAUAUUUGGCCUCCGCCUUUCAGGAUGUUGGCUACAUCUUCACAGAUGCCUCAGAAGUGGCUGAUGGCUAUGCGCAUGAUUAUCGCACAGGCCAAAAGUUUCUGGUGCCAACAGACCUGGAUUUGGGCUUCGUCGGCUACCCUUGUGUGGAUUUGUCCAGCCUCAAUGUUGGACAGGGGCAGUUCAUGGAUACCAGCACAGCCACUGGCAAAGGUUAUGCCAACAUGUUGAAGCUGGUGGACCGUUGCGAUGAUCAUUUACUCUUCCUGGGCGUUGAGAACAGUGGCAACAUGUGGCGAAAACGGAAGCAGGAUGCGUUCCGUCGGCCCAUCGAGAUCCAAGAUGCAGCCUUUCGGCAGCGAGGCUUCGCAACGGCCUCGCACCGGGUCUCCUCCUACGAGUUUGGGCCACCUCAAAGUCGGCAACGCUCUUGGAGUCUUUACUUCAAGAGCCGUUCUGCUGACGGCAAUGCCUCCAGGAUCUUCUUGUCCUUCAAAUGCAACGUGAUGCCCAUAAGCCAGAUCUUAGCCGAGGGCCACAAAACCGACAGGUCAUGGCCAAUGAGGCCCAAAGGAGGCACCAAAUGGAUGGGUCAAUUUGAGCAGCUCAGCAGCUGCUUGGAUCAGGCAAGACUCCAGCGGAAAAUUUCGGAGGUGGUGACCCGAAAGCUGCCAUUGACAAGCAGAGAGCUACAUGUUGUGGCUCUCGCAGCUUAUCAACUGGAAGGUCGCGGUGUUGACCUGGAGAAGAACACUGUGGUGAUUCAGGUGGAUCAAAACUUUGGGCGUUCCCACCGUGCGGACGCGCGAGUGGCUCCCUGCAUCAUCCCUAAGGGGAAGUAUGUGGUCACUGGAUCCCACUGGAGGCUUCUAGGCACCCGCGAGAAGUGCUUCCUCCAAGGGGUUGGUCCUGCAGAGAUCGAGGGCUACGGCAUGGAGAAAUGCUUGAGCCCCGUGCAGCUGAGCGACAUGGCGGGCAACGCCUUUACGGCCCAGAUCUGCUUGGCGGCCUUUCUGACGGCGCUGGCCGUGGUGGAUCCACCCUGGGGGGCGAUUGAAAAUCCAGAGAUAUCCAAUAUCUAACAUCUGCUCCUAUG